CGGCCUGUUUCUCAUUUCCGUCUAUCGAUUAGUCGAGUGUAGCCUUCACACCGGAAGCGACAGGAGCCACUCAGCAUGCAAGAUGGUGGCCACCAGGAGAGGAGUACGCGUGUACUCUCCAAGUAAAACAAACCCAGUCCAGUCCUCUGAUGUCCAGGCCACUCCCUCUACUGGUCGAAGAACUAGGAGUACUGCUAAACAAGCAGAUACCCAGCAUGGCCUGGUGGAGACUUGCAGCCAGCUUGAAAAAAGCGAUGGAGAACUUCAGGCAUCUCCACCCAACUCGGUGAAAAGAUGUACCAGAGCAUCCAGACUCCACAGUCCAGAGCAGCCCUCCACACCUGUGGGCUCCACCCAUGAAGCAGACAUAUCAGAUGUGGAGUCCUUAUGCUCUGCGGUGUCCGACAUGGAACUUCCGAUAACACGCACCAGGGGGAGGAGGAGACAGCCCCGCGUAGUGAGUCAGGAAGAUGAGGAGAUAUCUGAGGUGGAAUCAUGCUCUUCUGCAGUAUCUGCAUCCAGGGCUGGCCAGAGUACAAGAAGUACACGGAGGAAGAAGAUUCCUCCUCAUGUUGAUGGAGGAGACGUCAAAGUUGACUUGGUGCUGGAGGCUGAGUCCUGCAGCUCUGUGGUGUCUGAAUCCCAGAGGGUCACCAGAAGUCAGAGAAAAUCUGCUCGCACCAGAACGUCUGCCAAACAACAAACUGAGGACUCGGAGAUCUCAGACACUGACAGCUACAUGUCCAGUGCCUCAGGAGCCGGCCUUUCUAAGUCCACCAGCCGCAGGGCUGCGAGAUCCCGAAGGCAAACAGGUCCCAUCCCCAUCCACUUAGACGAAGCUUCGGAAAGCUCUCUCUCCCCUGUCCCAGCAGGUCGAAGGACCCGGGCAGCAAGAGGGAGGUCUACAGCUACUGCGGAUGUGAGCGAGCCCCAGUCUUGUGACUCUGAAGGGUUUGAGUCUGGGCCCUCGACGUAUCGUAGAAAGGGAAAGGCCAAAGCUGUGGACUCGGACUCUGAGCUGACUGACGUACAUUCCCCGGUGGGCAGCCCCCGCUCCACACGAAGCAGAGGGACGGGCUCAGGGAACAGCAGUCGUGGCCCUCCAGCCUCCAGGCGCUCAGUCAAGCAUCUUAGUAUUGUUGUAGAAAAAGCUGUUGAGCCAGCCGAGGAGGACACCUCAUUAAAUGAUUCGAGGUUAGAGAGUACAAUGAUCGCUGAGGACUUAGACUGCACGCUGUUGGAGGAAAAUGAGAGCAAAACACUGGAAGAAAAAGAGAAAGAUGGUGUGAACAGUACUGAUCUCACAUCAGAUCAGAGAGAUACAGUAAGAGGGGGAAAGGGAGUAUCUGUCAUGUCAGUGGAAGACACAUCAUCAGGCAUCCCUGGCUGUGCCAAAGAAGCUGUUGGUAAACCUGCAGUGACGGUUAGCCACCAGCAGGCGGAGCUGUGUGCUGAAAAUAAGGAUGGGUACACCUCAAAGAUGGAGGUGAUGCAGAAAACAGUCCCAUCAUCAGAACCGUUAAAACCACGCCAGUCAGUUACAGUAGCGUUAUGCCAGAGCACUAAUGAAACCACAGAGAAGACUGAAGAGAGGGAAGCCAUGGAAGUACUCGGUGUCGACGCCCAUCCAUCACAGGGAGAUGAGGGUGCUGUUGUGGAUACCCGGCCUAGUGAGGAGGAGAAAAUGGAAAUCAGCACAUUGAACAGUGAUACUCAGCAGGUGGUUGACUCCAGUGAGGUCCAAGAUGAGUCUGUUCAGGUAACGUCCAGCCGGCAGCACAGCAUCACAGUGGAUUCUGUCCCUGAACAGCAACCUAAAGACAUCAUUGUCCAGAAUACAAAAGUGAUCAGCCUGCUGCAGAGCAGUGAGGAUGAAGAUGAAGAUGAGGAGAGGGAAGUUUCUGAAGAGGAGGAAGAGGAGGAUUUAGGGUACAUGGCAGAGGAGCAAGGAGGACCUUCCAGUAAGUCUGAUGCAGCAGGUACAUCAGUAGAUGGACUGUUUAUGAUUGACACGCGGCCUGGACAAGAGGCCGACGAACAUUACUACAUGGAGAAGGAAAAAGCCACAGAGGAGAGAGCUGGGCAGGAGGAGCAAGAUGAGUUUGUGGAUGAGGAAGGGGAUGAUGAUGACGAAGAUACCAACCUCCUCUUCUACAGUAGAAAUGCUCAGUUGAAAGAGAUGUCCAGCCGUAUUGACCCAGGCAUCAGAGUGAAGGAGCUCGGGGGUUUAUAUAUCAAUUUUGAUGGCAGCAAAUCAAAACCUGUCUCCAGUUCACUGCAAAAACUAAAGGAAAAGAAGAUCCAAGAUGAGGUGAUGAAGAAGAGUGUAAUUGGACCAGACUUUGAAAAGAAGGACGCAGUGCCGCCAUACAGUGAAUCCAAACAGGCCUUAAAGUUAAAACGCAGAGUGGAGCGGGAGAAAUCAACAGGAGAUGGUUGGUUUAAUAUGAAAGCCCCUGAGAUCACCCAGGAACUGAAAGGAGACCUCCAAGUCCUGAAGAUGAGAGGCUCCCUGGAUCCCAAGAGGUUCUACAAGAAGAACGACAGAGAUGGAUUCCCCAAAUAUUUUCAGGUUGGCAAAGUAGUGGACAACCCAGUCGACUUCUAUCAUUCCCGCAUUCCCAAGAAGGACAGGAAGAGAACCAUGGUGGAGGAGCUGCUGGCUGAUGCCGACUUCAGGCACAACAACAAAAAGAAGUUCCAGCAGAUUGUGGCGGAGAAAGCAGCACAAGGAGCUGGCAGGAGGAACAAGAAGAAGAAUAAACUCCGUAAGAAGUAAAUCUGAACUUGAUGUGAUGAACACUGACUCUGCUGCUCCGCUUCUUCAGCACCAUGAAUCAUAUUUCGGGAGAAUAAUGCUCAUUCAAUUCAAUUCAUUGCCAUCUGUAAAGAUGGAUUGGAUUUACGUCUUUACAUGAAGAAGCUGUAAAAAAACAAAACAUGAAACAAGUUGAUGCGGUAUGUGUGGUAUUGAAAUCAGUCAUUACUUUUUACAGUGACCAGAAAACUUGUGUACAUGCUUAUAUUUACAAUUGAAACAAACAUUACUUUUUAACUAAAUAGGUGUUUAUUUUGCUGUACAGUAAUAACAGUCAACAUUAAAACACUACUGUUUUGACUGGCA